AUGCUGUUGAGGACGGUUUACCUGGCGCUCGUCUUGGCGCUUGCCUCGGUCACGUCCAGCCCCAUCACUGCCAGCAGCGGAGGCGGAGACGGCAACAGCAACACGGACCUUGUGAGAAGGACACGGCACAUUGGCGGCCUGGGAGGCGGCGGCAUUGUGGGCGGAGGCUUCAUUGGGGGCGGUGGUGUGGUGGCUGCUCCUGCUAUUCAAACGGUUCCCCUGGUUCAAACAGUGCCCGUUAUCACCACAGUGCCGGUUAUCUCGACUAUUUCCACGGUCCAGACGAUCCCCAGUUAUGGCUACGGCUAUGGAUACAAUGGCCUGGGACUCGCUCCAGGAGGAGGCUUGAGUGGGCUCGGACUGGGCGGCGGUGGUGGGGGCUUUGGCGGUGGCUUUGUUGGCGGCGCCGUGGGAUUUGCCAAAUUUAAAGGCGGUUUCAUUGGUUGAAUAGGUCUUGAGUGUAAACAAUAAAUA